UUAUUGAGUUCUCUCAAUAAUUUGACAUUUUACAGAUUCAUAGAAACUUUGUUAAGAAACUAUCAGUGUGAUGUGCCAGAACUGAACAAUGAUGAAUAACAGUACUGAGAUACUGCAUUCCGCCUACCUUGCUGUAGAAUACAUUGACUCUUUGCUGCCUGAAAAUCCACUACAGCAACCACUUAAAAAUGCUUGGACCUAUAUGCUAAACAACUACACUAAAUUCCAGAUUGCAACUUGGGGUUCACUUCUCGCUCACGAACUUCUCUAUUUUUUAAUAUGCUUACCCGGAUUUGUAUUUCAGUUUAUACCUUAUAUUCAAAAAUAUAAAAUACAACAGGAUAGACCAGAAACAUGGACAGGACAAUGGAAAUGUUUCAAACAAGUUAUAUUCAAUCACUUUUUUAUUCAACUGCCUCUCAUAUGUGGUACCUAUUAUUUCACAGAAUAUUUUAAUAUUCCUUAUGACUGGGAAAGCAUGCCAAGAUGGUUUGUGAUAGUUGCCCAGUGCUUUGGAUCUGCUGUGAUUGAAGAUACCUGGCAUUAUUUCCUGCAUCAACUACUUCAUCAUAAGAGAAUAUAUAAAUACAUUCACAAAGUACAUCAUGAAUUUGUUGCACCAUUUGGGAUGCAAGCUGAAUAUGCACAUCCUUUAGAAACUCUAAUCCUUGGAACUGGAUUCUUCAUUGGGAUAAUGGUCUUCUGUAAUCACGUAAUUUUGCUGUGGGCAUGGUUAUUUUGUCGUUUGAUAGAGACCAUUGAUGUUCACAGUGGCUAUGAUAUUCCUCUGAAUCCUUUACAUUUGCUGCCCUUUUAUGCUGGAUCCCGCUUUCAUGACUUCCAUCAUAUGAACUUCAAUGGCAAUUACGCUUCAACUUUCACCUGGUGGGAUAAACUCUUUGGUACUGAUUCACAGUACAAUUCUUACAAGGGGAAAAUGAAGAAAGAGAAAAACACAAUGGAAAAGAAGAUGGAAUAAAUUUCCCAUUUGCAACACUCAAUGGCUUAAAACUAGAAAACUUAGCAAUUCUUGCAAUUCAAAACAAAACACAGCUUUUAACAAACAAACCAAGCUUAGGUUUGCAGCAGGAAAAACAUUCAUUGAUGCAUUUUCCAAAUGAUUGUGCUUUUUCUAUCCUAUAGAUAAACAAAUACUGUACAGUAUAUAUUUAAGAAAAUGUUAAAUAUGACCAAAUGAUUGAAAUUAUGUAAAAAAAGAUAUCAAUUAAAAUUAAAAUGAGGGGGGUAUUUUGCAUUAAUGUAAAGCCUAAAGUUUAGAAAGAACAACUACACUGAGUUCACCAAGUAAAACCUUUGUGGAAAUCCUCUUUCCCAGUUAGGUGUAAAAAAAGUAUAUUUAAGAAAGCAUCUUUCUUACAAAGAAUCUUUUUACUUAGUUUUUAAUGAAUGUUAUUGUAAUCUGUAUUAUACAUAACUGUAAAUUGCUGAUUUGAUUAUUAACGUAAUUUGUCUUACAGUAGCUGUGGUUGAUAUUUUUGUCAUGUUUUCUGUACAGCAAAUAAAAUAAUAUUGGGGUUCAGGC